UUAUUGUUUAUUGUCUUUGAAUGCUCUCAUUGUUUUGCAGAGACAAUUUUAAAUUGAAAGUUAUUUAAAAGAAAAACAAAAUUCAGAAAAAAAAAAGGUCAAGUUUGUAAUACCGACAAAAAAAACAUGCAUUUCAACUGGAUUGGUGUAGAUGUGUAAUACAGUUAUAUCAGAGAUCAAAGGAAGUCAAGCUUUUCAGCCAACAAAACCAAGAAAGACAGUUUUAACAUUCAAGAAGAAGAAUACUACUCAAUAACUAAAAAUGGCAGAUAACAAAGAUUCAACGUCGAGUUCACUGAGUCAAGGACUAACUCGGCGUGAUCCAGACCCAGAUGAUAUCCCAAAAUCUCCUCCCAGCUCCCCUAAUUCUUCUACUCGCAAGGCUUGUUAUGCUGUUCUUCAAAGUUGGGUUUCAAAGAAGUUCAUGACUGGAUGUGUGGUUCUGUUUCCUGUUGCUGUUACUUUUUUAGUGACAUGGUGGUUUAUUCAAUUUGUUGAUGGUUUCUUUAGUCCACUUUAUGCCAAACUUGGUGUUGACAUCUUUGGUCUUGGGUUUGUUACUUCAUUGCUUUUCAUAUUCUUUGUCGGUGUCUUUGCUUCUUCGUGGAUGGGUGCUACUGUUUUCUGGGUUGGUGAAUGGUUCAUUAAGCGAAUGCCUUUUAUGAAGCACAUUUAUUCUGCUUCCAAACAAAUUAGUGCUGCUGUUUCUCCUGACCAAAAUACAACUGCUUUUAAAGAGGUUGCUAUUAUUCGUCAUCCGCGACAUGGUGAAUAUGCAUUCGGUUUCAUCACAUCAUCUGUCAUCCUUCAGAGAGAUGAUGGAGAUGAAGAGCUAUGCAGCGUUUAUGUCCCAACAAACCAUCUGUACAUUGGUGACAUAUUUCUUGUCAAUUCAGAGGAGAUCAUAAGACCAAACUUGUCUAUUCGAGAAGGCAUAGAGAUCAUUGUUUCAGUUGGUAUGACUAUGCCGCAAUUGAUCACUUCUAUAGAAAGGAUUCCUCAUCAGAGCAAUAGGAUUCCUAUGAGCAGAAUCAUAUGAAAGUACAGAAGAAUGAGUUAAUUGUAAGCUUGAAGUAGGAGGUUAAGAUGGAACAGCAGGAAGCAGGAUUCAGAAUAGUUUUUGCGAUGACUGGUGUUGAAUCAUCAAUGGCUGUCAUACCAGAUUCAAGAAUAGUAUCAGGGGAGAAACAUGUCAGAUUCAAGUGGAGAGAUUCUCAAAUGAUGUUGAGGAGUCGAACAACUUGUGUCUACCCGGGCAUAGAUUAAGGUAAUGCUCUUCAUCUAGGAAUGCAUGGAACCAACCAGACCAAGAAAUGCAAUGAUAGUUUAUACAAGGAAUAACCCAUAUGUGACCCCUGUAUUUUUAUUGUUUUUUGGAUUGAUUUCUUGGUACUCUCAUUUGCUGACAAAGAACUGCUUUAGCUAUAUAUAACUGAGUAGCAAAAUCGACUAGUCUGAUCCUCCUUAA